AUGCUGUACAUCUAUAUGAUAUCAAAUCCAGCCCAAGAAGGGGGCCGCAAAAGCCGACGAAGUGUAUCAUGCGAGCGGAUCGCUCAAAGAGGGGAAUCCUGGGGCGUAACCUAGUGGAUACAGAGACAUGCGGGCGCGUCUUGGAGCGAGCUUAAUAUGUAAAACUUUUCAUACCUCAUCAUCUUUGCCCCUCCAUGUCUACUUGAAUUUUUCUUUUCUUUUUGGUCCUCUCUUUAUCUGGUCGCUCACAGUUCUAUAGUCAUGGUCUCUACAAAAGCCCCGGGGCUGGAAGCCUUGGACAUGGAGCUACAGAGCGUCGGUCAGAAUGUCCCUCAAAAUCCAAACGCUGGGACUGCAUUGGACAACAGUGAUAUGCACCGGAUGGGAAAGGUCCAAGAACUAAAGAGAAACUUACGACCCGUGGCUGCUCUAAGUUUUGCUUCUGUUUUGCAGGCAACAUGGGAGUUUAUUUUAAUCUCGAAUUCAGAAGGGUUGUCAAAUGGAGGGUUACCUGGCAUGUUUUGGUCCUAUUUAUGGACUUUCAUAGGCUUCGGUUUCAUUAUUGCCUCACUUUCUGAAAUGGCCUCGAUGGCACCAACUUCUGGCGGACAAUACCAUUGGGUCUCUGAGUUUUCUUCGCCUCGACAUCAAAAAUUUCUAAGUUAUAUCACAGGCUGGAUGUCAGUGUUAGCAUGGCAAGCUGGUGCAGCUUCUGGAUCCUUCCUAACUGGAACCAUCAUACAGGGUCUGAUCAGUGUCCGAGAUCCAACUUAUGAGCCACAGGGCUGGCAAGGCACACUUUUUGUAUUUGCCAUGGUCUUGGUCAUAUACAUCUUCAAUGUGUACGGAGCCGAUGUGAUGCCAGUUCUGAGCAAUCUCUUGAUGAUUCUUCAUGUUCUGUCGUGGGCAGUGAUCUUGAUAGUCCUUUGGGCUAUGGCACCUCGGCAACCCGCAGAAGCUGUUUUUGUUACAGGGUGGGAGAACAUGGGUGGCUGGUCGACCAUGGGAUUGAGUGUGAUGAUUGGACAAAUUUCGGCUAUUUAUGGCUCCUUGAGUUCUGAUGCAUGUGCCCAUAUGUCAGAAGAGGUCAAAGACGCUGCGAGGAAUGUGCCCAUCGCUAUUGCUUGGGGCUACUUUAGUAAUGGCAUCAUGGCCACCGUUUUGCUCAUUACUUUCCUCUUCGCUAAUCCGUCCGUGAAAGAUUCAUUGGAUGAUAUUACCGGGUUCCCAUUCCUCUACGUUUUCAAAAACGCAACCUCUACAGCUGGAGUGAAUGGUUUGACGGCGAUUAUAUUACUGCCCGUUAUCUUCAGCAAUAUUCUCUUCAAUGCCUCCACCUCCCGCCAAACCUUUGCCUUUGCUCGAGACAACGGUCUACCGUUUUCUCGCUGGAUCGGUAAGGUUGACGCCAAGCGCCAGAUUCCGGUGAACGCCAUUGCUCUAUCCUGCAUUAUCAGCUGUGCGCUUUCUCUCAUUAAUAUUGGAUCUGACACUGCGUUCAAUGCUAUUAUAUCCGUGAAUGUCGCUGCACUGAUGUAUACAUACAUCAUUUCAAUCAGCUGUGUCAUCUAUCGAAAGAUCCGGCAUCCCGGAACACUUCCACUUCGUCGCUGGGAUAUGGGACGAUGGGGUUUGGCCGUUAACAUUAUCGCUCUAUUCUAUUCCCUUUUUGCGCUAUUCUGGUCAUUUUGGCCAGGCGAUGUUGCAGUAACUCUGGACAAUUUCAACUGGAGCGUGGUUAUAUUCGGUGCAGUUUUUUUACUGAGCUUGGGAAUGUACGUGAUUAAAGGACGGAAGGAAUAUGUUGGACCUGCGGCGAUUGUGGAAAAGCAUGAGGACUAGUCGUACCAUAAUAGGGGCUAGACACAAUGAAGUUUAUUU